ACAUAAUUAUAUUUACAGGUAUAUAUCUCUGAAGAGCGCUUGAUGGAUAGAGGCUUAUUUGAAUUAGCAAUGAGUUCUCAACGACCCAGUAUAUUUAUAAAUACAGUCGCUCCUUUUUUUUUCGAUGGAAGUACUUUAUUACAAAGUACAGUAACUGGGUCAAAGUCAAAAAGAUCUGUAGAAGAAAUCCAACCUAAUAAAUUGGACCCUAUUAUUUUACGACAAAUGAGAGAUUUUUACAACUACUACCUACAGAAUUCAAUUUUCACAAAAAAAUUGGAACCAUCUCAGAAAGAUCGUGAAUUAGGAAAAAGUUUAUUUUAUUUGGGAAGAUUUAUAGCGCGUUUGAAGAAUCCCUCCUCCAAGAAGAAAAGUAAUUCUUCAAGUAAAAAAAAAAAAAAAGAUGCCAGUAAGAACGAUGAUAAAGAGAAUGAUGAUAAUAAAAAUGAUGAUCGUGAGGAUGAUGAUUUUCAGGAUGAUGAUAGUCAUGAAGGGGACCGUUAUAAUGAUGAUGAUGAUACUUUUGAUGAUGUGGCUACAAAUGUAAUAGGUGAUGAGGACGACCUUGAUAAGGAGGGAGUUUUUACAACUAAAGAACACGAAGAAAAUUCUGAGGAAUUAUUGAUUGACACAGAUGUAGAAUGAAAAUUAGAUAUAUAAGGCUAAAGUUUAAAAGUUUGUAUUACAAAUUAUUUGAAUAAAAAUAAGGUUAAUAAGUACUUUGAUGAAAAAUUC